GGUAUCUGGAUGCAUUGUUAUCAGUGGGCGCGGUGCGUCCGAUCUGAACGUGGUUGAGGUUGAAGUCGAUCGCAGCCGAGAACGGCAGGGCCACCGUCGAAAAGGGGCAGGCCGAGGGACAGCGAACGCGGCGUGAAAGAACAAAAGCGGAUCGAGAGAUUCGAGCGGGAAGGAGAUGAAGAUAAUGCGUGACGAUCGGUAGGGGACCGGAAACGAACAGAAGACAAUAGACUGUCGAAUAUCAGUGACGAAGACGCCAAGCGACGUUUCACGGCAUCCACGAAAGUGCGUGUGUAAAGUAAUCGAGACCGCGAGUGAGGAAUCAUCGGCUCGUGCUGCUACGAUUUUCGGACAUUCUGUUGUAAAUGAUCUUGCCGAUCCACGGCGAAGAUAGUGAUCGAACGGUUUCUGUGAGACGAUCCCGGUGUUACAUACUUAGCAUUAGUAACUGUACAAAAUGGUGUCGACAACAAUAAUGGAAAAUGGAAAAUCCAGCCCAACUAGGAAGCCAUGUGCUGUGGAUAUUAAUUCAGGCAAAUACCAAAUAGUUGGAUGGGACAUGGAUACGACAGGCAAAAAAGUUAUAGAUGAAAUAUGCCAAAUAGCUGGUUAUACUCCUAGUUUCUCUUACUCUCAGUAUGUGAUGCCAUAUAAAAACCUGGAUCCUCCAGCUACGAAAAGGCACAACAUGAAAGUUGUGACCAUUGGAAAGUUCCGUGUUCUCAGAAACACCAAAACUAAUAAAGUAGUGAAAGCUAAGAGUGAGAUAUCUGCGUUAACAGAAUUUCUAUCUUGGUUGGAGAACAUUACUUCAGUAUGUUCUAAAACAGAUGGGGUGAUAUUAGUUUAUCACGAACCACGUAAAGUUAUUCCUGCUAUGUUGCUUGAAUCCUUAAAAAGGUAUAAUCUGCUAGAAAGAUUUAAGAAAACAGUCAAAGGAUUUGCAAAUGGCUUUGAUAUUGCUGCAGCAAAGUUUACAAGCACGGUUCGUGCACAUACUCUUAGAGCACUAUCAAAAACCUUAUUUAAUCAAGAAAAAGAAUUAGAUAAUGCAAAAGAUAGAGCUUGUUUAACUCUUCAAAUAAUAGAGCAUUUAAGUUCACUGGAACAUAAAAAUGGUACUGAAACAAAUGGUAACAGCAAUGUUGACAAUGCUGUAGAUCAAACUGUAGAAUUUGUUAAGGAAUUUGUUCAACCAAUAGAAGUUGAAGAACAAGAGUAUGCAGAACAGAAAAUAGUGUUUGAACGACAAAAUACUUUAAAACCUAUUUUUGGUGUUUUGUUCCGCAUGAAUCGUCGUGAACGACAGCAUGCUAGUCCCUUGCGGCGACUACUCGCCGAAGCGGGAAUCGACUAUGUCCAGCUAGAGACAGCUUGGAAUAGCGGGAAGAAAGAAGGCUUGGAGAAGUUAAUUAAGGAAAGACUUUUAACGGCCGAUGAGAAGAAAAUAGAAGAUUUAUUAAUCAUUCUUGUAAGUCAUUUCGAUCCCGACAAGAAACCCACAACAAGAAUUUCGCAAGAGCAGCCGAGAAUCAAGACGAAAAAUUCGAAAAGUUAUGAUGACCGAGAGAACAAUAACAAAGUUCAUUCUGGCUAUGAAAGUCCGGACACAACCACUCCCAAUUCACCGCUUCAAUUAAAAGUGGAAUCCGGGAAUGGUGCAUUUAUACCGGAAGAAUAAUAACUUGGCAAUUCGGUAGUUGCUCUUAUUACAUUUUUAUAUAAUUAUAAGAUGAAAAUAUUGUUUUUCAGUAACAUAGUUUAAAAAAAUCAUUCCGUUUAUUCGUAUAAUAACGUUAUUCGAGCGUGAUAAAUAUGUGAGUGUUACUUGUUGCAGUAUUGUAUUUAAGUUUUAUUUUCGUUAGAUCGAAGUAUACACAUAUCGUAUCCGGACCGGAUAUAAAACGCUUGACUUAUUUAACGAAAACGAGUAUGUACAAAUAACACAUGUUAAUUAUUUUUUAGUUUUGUGAUAGGAAUAAUAUAUUCGUUUUGUUUAAUGUUUAAUUUUAUGAUUAUUGUUUACUUUUUUGGUUUAAUCAGAUUAACGAGUGAUGGUUAGAGACUGCUCGACGUAUGAAACCAAUUCAAAUACUGACAAAACUUUUCUUUUCUUCUUAAUUCUGAGAUUAGCAUACACAAUGUUAUUUUCUACUAGCCAAAUAGUAGCGUGUUCGUGUACAAAGGACAUUGUUAUAUUGAAGAAUGUAUAUUUUUGUACUAUGAGAUUUAUUGAAAACUAAUAAGCGCGCACAUGUUGCAUUUACACGUUAAAUUUUGUCGUGCUGAGUAACCGCAAUAAAUAAAAAGACUUGGAACUACAA